AUUACUCAUUCGAGCUCACGCAAAUCAAACAAGACAUUGCGCGUUCUCAGUUCUUCAAGAGGAGAGAGAGAGGAGAUGCGCUUGACGACUCUACCGACACAUUAAAACUUACAAUCAGCACAAAUGACCAGACCAAACAUUUUUGUCCCAUGGGCAGGGAAAGAAGUACUUUUCCACAUGUCUAAAUGAUUCAGAAGUGAGUUGGAUUUCACAAUAAGGAAGUAAAAUGGGAAAGCAACGCUUAAAAUCUCAUGAAUGGUUGUCCGCAGAGGGUCUUUUGAGUUUGUGUGAUCUUCAGCACUGAGCUCGAUGUCUUCUGAAUGUACGUGGUCGGUCCCCGUCAUGUUGUGCUUCAUCCUGGCUGCAGGUGCGCAUGGAGGACCUUUGUGCACUGUAAAGUCGAGCGCAGGCAAAGAAGUCCUCUUAGGUUCCAAUUUCACAAUCUCCUGCACCUUCAACAAGGAAUGCACCAAACAAAUUUUUCAGAAUAUGGAACAAAUUAGUUAUGAACAAUUUCCCAAAUCAAGUGUGGUGUCUGUUAAGAAUCUAACAGAGUUCAGCGUCUUCGUCUGCAAGUGUAAGGAGAACCCAGAGCCAUGUGGGAUUGACAUCACUCCAGGAUACCCUCCAGAUAUUCCACAAAAUCUGACGUGCAUUCGAAAAACAGAAUUUGGCAAUGUCAGCUGCACUUGGACAACAGGAAGGGAUACCAAAAUCAAGACCACAUGUCAGUUACGGGUUCAAGGUGACCCGCACCUCAGCUAUGAGAGUUUUAUGCUCUCUACAGGACUUUGUUUGUCCACAUUCCCCAUCGAAAGCUCAAAAAUGUCACAGCUUGUCGUGUCACUCAAUGUCUCUAAUAGUCUGGGUUCAAAAACCUCAGGUCCCCACACCUUCACCCUCAGAAAUAUAGUAAAACCCUCAAUACCUCAAAUCAGUCAUGUGAACUGCUCAUCCCAAUGGUGCCACCUACACACAGACAAUCACAGCAUGGACUUGUUUGAAGUCCAAUACAGAGCAGUAAAUGGGAUCUGGAAAACAUUUGAGACUAGUACCAAGAUGAAUUGGAAUAUUACCUCACUGCAGCCAGAUACCAAGUACAAGUUCAAGAUCAGGAGGAAAAUAUACCAUAGAGUAGGUUUGUGGAGUGACUGGAGUCAAGAAAAGGAAACCAUAACUGAAGAGGAAGCUCCUGUAAAGGAGCUUGACGUCUGGUACCUCCAAGAACCGAAAACUUUGCAGUCUGGAAACAAGUGUUUCCACAUAUUUUGGAAGGAACUGAAUAUAUCAGAUGCCAAGGGGAAGAUUCUGAAGUAUAAUAUAAGUGUUCUGGAGCAGAAGAGCAACUCAAAGAGCCCAAUUCCACCCAGAAAAAAAAAUUACAUAUGCUGUUCUAACUGUUCUGUGUCAGUGUCUGCAGUUAACUCAAAGGGUCAAUCUCCUGCAAAAUUUACUGAGCUGCAUUCUCCAGGCUUUGCUUCAGGUUUCCUGCCACAGCCACACAAACUAUUAAAUAAUCAUAGCGUUGCCCUCUCCUGGCAGAGACCUGCCAUUGCAGACCAAAAAACUGAGUAUGUGGUGCAUUGGUAUCCAGUUGGAUACAUUGAGAGGAUUCAGUGGAUUCGAGUACUGAAUACCACAGCUAACAUUACAGGUCUCCAGCCUCAUCAGUGCUAUCAGGGUGCAGUCACUGCUCUGCAAACAUCUGGUCCCAUAAUGGCACACAUUAGAGGCAUCUCCACAUGGCAGUCAGCUCCAGAACAAGGUCCAGUUCCUCAACCACUCUUGAAGAAUACUGAGAGCUUGCAGGUGAAAUGGUCUGAAAUCCCUCAAGAGAAGAGAAGAGGCUGUUUGAAAAAAUACACCAUCUACUUGUGGAACAAGUUAACGAGAGAUACUCAAACUUACAGUGUGGACUAUCCAAAGAAACAGUAUACUAUUAGUGGUCUGUCACCAGGACAGUGUUAUAAUCUGUGGGUCACAGCCUGGACAGAUGCUGGGGAGGGACCCAGAGGAAGUGAUCUCCCAUUCUGCACACCAACAGACGCUGAGAAACUAUUGUCCCAUGUGAUCUUGGCUGGUGGAGCAGUACUUUUGGCCUGCUUAAUCCUCUUGUGCAUCUGUCAGUUCUCCUCUGUGCAGAAAAGAUGCUUAAGUUGUUGCCAGUGUCUGCUGCCUACAGUUAUUCCAGAUCCAGCAAACAGCAAUUGUGCAAAGACGUACACUGAUGACCAGGGUGAAAUUAAAUUCUAUCUUCACAAAUAUGACCCCAGUGUGAGUGAGGAUCCCGAAAACGUAGAGGUGGAGGAAGUUCCCUACCCCAGCUUCCCUUGCACCUACAUCAAAAGCUUCUCUCAGGAGUCCAGUUCCUCUGAUGCCACCCAAAGCACCAGGACCACAGACUACACAGAUGACUACAUCUCCACUCAUGGCGCAAUAAGUGGAGGAGAAGAGGAAGAGGACCAGGAAGAAGAGGCGUGUUUGGAUGAAUUUGAAUUCUUCCCAAGCACUCAAAGCCCUUUCCUGGAACCGCUGGUUUUAACUGGAGGAAAGUUGACACUGGAUGCAGUGAAAAUAGACUGCAGUGAAUUUCUGGAUUGCACAUGAUCCUCCACAGGCAUUAAAAUUUGACCUGACUGUGACUGUACUAUGGAUGCUGAAAAAUAAUCAUGGACAUCCCAAAGAUAAUUUGUCAGUCAAAAGGACAAACUUUAUCUUUAAACAACUUACUCUGAAUCCCAGCCAUAUCUGCAAGCAGCUCAAGCUCAUGCUGUAAUGGAAGUAGCAACAGAUCUUUUCUUCUAUAUUGUGACAUACAUCAGAGUGAAAUGGAUUAACGAAAAAAGGGUGAAAAAAGAUGGGCAGGGACUUGCUUCUAUCUCUCUGUUGUUGAUUGGAUGGAGGCAGAUCUGAAUGUGAGCUUACAGUCAACUGUAAGAAAGGGGUGGGGUUUAAACAGACCAAAUGAUUGGAAGUCUGGCAUACGUUACAAGAGAGAAGUUUGGCAUUUCACCGGAAGAUCGAAUUAUAUUUUAAUUAAAAAUUGUGGUCAAAAAAAUAAAACAAAAUAGAUGAAUCAUUCACAAUAAGACCAAUAACAUGCAUUUAGAAAAUAGAUGUUCAUUUCAUGCCUACUUUAAAAGCUUGUAUGGUUGUGUUGUGGCAGGAUGUGGCAGUGUAGGCCUCUUGGGACAUGACAGAAGGUUGAAACAAAAGUAAGGUUAACUUCAUAUCCUUUUCAGCACACAUGGUUUGCCUCAGGUACUUAUCUCUGAAAUGCAGAUGAUCUAACAGACUGGUAACAGCCAAUCAAGAGUAUGGAUACUUAAUGAAUGUACGUUGAAAAGGUUUUUAGGACAUAUUCUACAGAUUUGUUCUUUCCACUAAACACUCAGCAGCUGACCAACACUAACCCUUCACUUUAACUUUUAAACUGUUUCACAAUACAGUAAUCAAGAAAACAUUGCACAAGCAUCAAUAUCAUGGGAGACUCAGUACUCAUAUCUACAACUUACUCUAACACAAGAUGUUUGACCAAUUACACAAAUAAUACAUUGUCAUCAUAUCAGUUUUUCACCAGCUCAACUGAAUACUGUCCUAAUGUAAUGUUUUAAAUUGCAUGUACUGUAAACCUUUAAUGUCAAUGCAUCAAAGACAAAAACAAACAAAACAAAAAAAAAAUUUGAAAA